CAUCUUCCAGCUUUAUGGAACCCUAUAAGCAGAAGCAGCUUUGUCUUCUCCCCCGCACCGCCACUUCCGUCUCCAACAAAGCACGCUCCGUAUCAGAUCCGCCGAUCCGUCUCUUUUAGCCAGAGCCAGCAGGGAGCCGGAGCUUCCAGCCCCAGCUGUGCCCCUCUCUCUGGAUUCUGCAAGGAUCGUCAGCAGGGCUCUCCGUCUCGGUAGAUGCGCAAUGCGAGCGGCGGCUUCUGGUGCUCCACCGUGGCGGUGCUGCAGCAAGUGCUUGCCCCGCAGGCUGCUCCUCAUGGCCUCGCCGGCCUGCAGCUGAUGCAGCGGCUUGGUGGUGGUGCCGCUGCUUCGCCCGGCGGCGCGAUGCCGCCGCCUCUCCUCUUCCGCGCCCUCGCGUCGCUCAACCUUCUCCUGCUCUUCGGCUACCUCCUGCUCGUCCUCCUCGCCAAGCUCUUCGCGCGCCUGCAGCUCAGGGCCACCGCCGAGGACCGCGCCUGCCGCAGCGGUUGGUACCAUGGCUGCGACGACCACCGCGCGGAUGCCGUCGUCGCGGAGGACGCCGCCGCUGCCGCCGCCGCGGAUGUCGUCGAAGGGCAGCGAGCGGCGGACACGCUGUUCUGGUUCGACGAGGCCGUGUUCGAGGACACCGCCCUGCUGCUUGGCGACGAAGGAAAGGAUCACCUGUACGCGACGGCCGCUGCACGUUGCUUGCAGCAGGCGGAGGAGAGCACCUUUCCCGUGGAGGAAUCCGCCGCCCCCCGCAUCUCGCCGGGGAACCAGGACCACCGUGUCGGUGCUGAGGCGGCCGAGCCGAAGAAGCAGGUGCAGGAGGAGGAGGCCAAGGGUGUCGCCGUCGAUGUCCCGGCGGUCGUCCCGGAACAGAGGAACGAUGUCCCGCCGGUCACGUCACCGGAGAAGAAUGUUUCCAUUCAAGGGAAGAAGGAAAGCAGCAGCAGAGGAGAAGACGCUCGCCGCGACACCGGCGACGACGACGGCCGUGGCGAGCGUGCCAAUGAGGAGGACCACGCGGCGAAGAGCGUUUCUGGAGGCCUGCACGACGUGAAGCUGUUCGUGAACAGCCGCGCGGUGGCCGACACCAGGAAGGUCCUGCUGGAUGGCGUGGCGGCCGGCGGCGGCGGAGGAGGGGGAGCGGCGCAGCUGCAGGACGACAAGGCGGACAGGAACGCGGACAGCAGCCGGUUCGGCGCGUCGACGCUGGCGAGCGAGUCGACGUCCAAGAGCUCGGUGGAGUGGCAGAGCUCGACGGUGACCAAGGACUCGGAGACGGAGUACCCCUUCUCGUCGUCGUCCCGCCGGAGCUCGGCGCGGUGGGAGUCGUACACGCUCUUCCGCAAGUACGACGAGGACAUGGUCUACUUCCACCGGGUCGGCGCCCAGAAGCUCACCGAAACAGAGUCGUUCAGGUCCAUCAAGUACCAGCCCCGGUCGAUGUCGGAGCGCAUCGUGCAGAAGCUGACGCCCAAGCCGAGCGCCCCGAUCGGGCUGCGGGACCCGUACCCGGACCUGGAGCGCGCGUACGUGGCGCAGGUGUGCCUGACGUGGGAGGCCCUCAACUGGAGCUACACCAGCUUCCGGCGGCACAACGGCGGCGACGGCAACAUCGCGGCGCGGUGCUGCCCGGCGCGCGUGGCGCAGGAGUUCCAGCAGUUCCAGGUCCUGCUCCACCGCUUCAUCGAGAACGAGCCCUACGAGUACGGCCGCCGCCCGGAGGUGUACGCCCGGACGAAGAACUCCACGCCCAAGCUGCUCCUGGUGCCCGAGUUCAGAGACGAGGAGGACGAGAAGGACGACCUGAUAUCGGCGGUGCAGUUCCUGCUCAUCCUGGAGGAGUCGAUCAGGACGUUCAUGACGUUCCUCCGCGCCGACAAGAGGAGCCACUACGAGAUGUUCAGAGAGAUGGUGAAGAGGCGGUCGAGCGGCGUGGUCCAGACUCUGGUCAUCACCCUCAAGAAAACCAACAAGAGAAAGAAGAGCCGGCUCAAGGACCUGACGCGGCCGCGGCGGUGCCUGAAGCGGACGAGGCUGCGGGAGGAGGAGGAGCUGUCGAUCCUGCUGGGCCUGAUCGACCUCAAGGUGGUGGCGCGCGUGCUGCGCAUGCCGGAGGUCACCGACCAGCAGCUGCACUGGUGCGAGGAGAAGAUGAACAGGGUGCGCGUCGAUCUGGAGGGCCGGAUGCAGCGAGACCCGUCACCUCUCUUCUACCCUGCACACUGACAGGGGCACGCUGGCUGCUGCUGCUGGGCAAAUCUUCUAGCUCCUCUUUUCCUUUUCGUUUCUGCAUCUUCUUUUCUUGAUGGUAUGUAGCGGUCGAGCAAAGAUAAAGUUGCAUUGCGUAGACAUGAGAAUGUGCAAGGCACUACUUAGCCUCAUCUGCUAGCUAGUAGCACUGUAAAAAGAGGUCAGAGAUGAUGUUACUGUAAAGGCGCUUAUAUGCAAGUAGAUAAUAAAUAUAUAAAUAAGAUCACCCAUGAA